AUCAAUGGGGAACUGUUUGUGUCUUGCGUUGCUUCAUGAAAGCCUUUUAUGGUGGCAGGAAAAGCUUUUUAUGGCAGAAACUUGCAAUGAACCAGU